AUGGGGUGGCUCAGCGAUGUGACUAUUCAGUAUGUACCAAGGAAAGAAAAUAAGAAGGCUGAUGCUUUAGCUGCUCUAGCAUCAUCAUUAGCCCUACCUGACCAAGUGCAAGUUACCGUCUGCCAAAAAUGGGUAGUACCGCCGCCAAAUGAGGUCGAAGGUGAAGAUAACGAACUCAAUCAUCUUGUUGUUGUUUCUGAAGUUCGACUCACAACUACUGCCGCUGCCACUAAGUGUAGUGGAAAAGUGAAUAGAUGGUCCCUUUAUGGCAUGAAUGCUCUUGUAACUGGUGGCACUCGAGGCAUUGGAUUUUUGGAAUANAGCCCUCGCACCGUCGAAGAGAUCUUCAAAGACUUCUCCGCCCGUCACGCCGCCGUCCUCCGUGCCCUCACUGCCGAUGUGGAGGAAUUUUUCUCACAGUGCGAUCCAGAGAGAGACAAUUUGUGUUUGUAUGGACAUUCAAAUGAGACUUGGGAAGUUGCAGUGCCAGCGGAGGAAGUUCCGCCAGAGUUACCGGAGCCGGUGUUAGGUAUCAAUUUUGCAAGGGAUGGAAUGGAGCGGAGAGACUGGUUGUCAUUGGUUGCUAUGCACACCGAUUCGUGGCUGCUCUCUGUCGCUUUCUAUUUCGGUGCUCGCCUUAAUCGCAACGAAAGGAGUCGUCUGUUUACCCUGAUAAAUGAUCUGCCAACUGUCUUUGAAGUCGUGACAGGGAGGAAGCCUUUGAAGGACAAACCUAGUGUUGAUAGUGGAAAGAAAUCAAAGAAUAACACAAAGAGAGAAAAACAAGUUAAAGCAAAUCAAAGGCUACGUGAGGAGAGUGAUGAUGAGGAUGAAGGGAAUGAAGACGAGCAUGAAGAAACUCUAUGUGGAAGUUGUGGAACAAAUGGCAAUGCAGAUGAGUUCUGGAUUGGCUGUGAUAUUUGUGAAAGGUGGUAUCAUGGCAAGUGCGUGAAAAUAACGCCUGCAAAGGCUCAAAGUAUCAAGGAAUACAGAUGUCCCUCUUGCAGCAAUAAGAAGGCAAGACAUAUGGGUUGAGUUAAAAACUUUAGGAAGACUUGAGUUCAUGUUGACAAAAAUUGAAGAUACUUAAAUCUGCAGAUGAUACCCCUAACCUGCACAACCCCAAUUCUACAGCGCCUUACUCUGUCUUACAUAUAUACUUUUCUAGUUCCUUUUUUACUUUUUCUCAGUGUCUUAUGUUUCUUGUAAGUUUAUAGGUGUAGCUCUUUCUCGGAAGGGACGAAAUCAAGUUCCUUGUAUCGGUUGGCAUCUUUAGUUCCUUUUCUUGCGACUGUUCAAUUGAAAAAUUCUGCAUUCUUCCUUCUUU